GAAUUGAGAAAGUGACGGGAGCCGCAGACCGCAUCGACGCUAGUGCCGGCACGCAAAAAAAGUGCCAACCACAAUCGUACUGUACCUUAAUUACCUCUUCUACUGCUACCAGUCAAGACAGCAUCGCCAUGUCCAAUUACGGGGUGGCUUCCAAGCCCCUGCUGCAGUACCUGCGGCAGCCGUCUGGCAAAAGCAUCUCAAUUGCUGCUGUGCAGUCGACGCGGUCCUUCCAGACGACCGCCGUGGCACGCGAUGAAGCGCCGACCGAAGCCAAACCAGAGCCAUUCUACAGAGCCCCUGACCCUACAUUAGUGACCAGCCGUCGCCUGGAAAGGAAGCUCUUCAAGUCUGGCAUCUCUCCAAUCGGCUCCCGAAGACGCCGUGCUGCGUUGCAGGAUUCGCCAAACAUCCCCUUCGAACUACUGCCAUACCAAUGUUUCCAGGAGGCCAGGAAAGUGCUUCAGGCGGACCGGGAAGGGAAGCUGAAGGAUAUUGCUCGGGAACAAGGAAAGAUUGAAAGGCUUAAGGCUAUUAGCGAUGAGCAAGCAGGGAGUACAAAUGUGAAGAAGUCGAAGAUCGGGGGCAUGGAGAAACACUUGGAGAAUUUGAAGGUCUGGGCGGAUAUCAACGAUCCGUUGAUCAAACGAAAAUUUGAGGAUGGAGAGGGCGACAUGAGCUUGCCAAUCUAUCGACAUCUGGCAGAUCAAAAAUGGCGAGAAUACCGACGGAUGAUUAUUGUUCAACGAAUUACACAAAUGAAAGUCAUCCCCGACGUCCUCCCUCAUUGCGAUCCAAUCGUCGAUGUCAAGUUAUACUUCAACGGAAAAGCCGUCCAGCCGGGUUCAUUCGUUGACUCCAAAGUCAGCAUGGAUGCACCAAAACUGAACGUCCAAUCCUUUGAGGAGGGUACGAAGCUUGUUACCAUUGCAGUCGUCAACCCCGACAUCCCCAACGUAGAAACCAAUGGCUUCGACUAUCAAUGCCAUUAUCUCGCCGUCAACGUACCAAUCUCUCCUACCACCCCAUACAUCGAUCUCGCGAACCUGGCCGAGGGCGCUGAGAUCCUGCUUCCAUGGCUUCCUCCAGCUGCCCAAAAGGGAAGCCCAUAUCACCGUCUCCCGUUGUUUAUCAUGGAGCAAAAAGACAACAAACCGCUAGAUGCUGCCGCUAUGAAAAAGAAGGACCUUGUCAGAGAAGACCUCCGUCUACGAACCCUACAGACAAGGCACAAGUUGACACCCAUUGGUGCACAUCUGUUCCGUACCGUGUGGGACGAGAAUACCGAGCAGGUUAUGAAGGAGUUAGGUAUGGAUAUCGUUGACCUGGAAUUGCGGAGGAAGAAACCCGAGCGCUUGCCAUACAAGCGGAGAAACCCAGCAUCAUUCCGGUAAACAAUCAUCAUUUCAGUAGAAGACUGCAGGUUGUUGGAGAGUUGGUUUUGUAUAUGUAUUUUACAUGUAGGACUAUGUACACCGAAUUUCAUUUUCAAGUCAAAAACCAA